UAUCAUCAAUCUGUUUCGCCCUCUUUUCCAGAGGUAUCUUUCCUACCUGCCGCCAUCUCAGCAAACGUGAAACAAAUUCUCUCUCUCACUUGCAAUUUCCCCCAAUUUGGAACCGUAGAAAGACUUCAUUUCACCACCUCCGAAUAACCCUAAUCGGGGAAUUGAUUAAUUGGCUUAAUUCCCAAUCAAGAUGGGUAACUGCUUGGAUUCUUCUUCAGCUCAAGUCGAUACUACUCUCAGCUCCCGUGCUUCUGGAACCUCGAAAAAUGGCAGUAAAAGUUCCUUUUCUGGUCCUUCCAGCCUGACCAUUUCAUCUCACAGUGGGAUGAGCAGUGCUGAAAGUCUUCAAACUCCGAGAUCCGAAGGGGAAAUAUUAUUAUCUCCGAGUGUGAAACCCUUCUCAUUCAUGGAGUUAAAGAAUGCCACUAGGAACUUCCGGCCCGACAGUCUUCUUGGUGAAGGAGGAUUUGGUUGUGUUUUCAAAGGUUGGAUUGACGAAUUCACGCUUACUGCUUCAAAACCCGGAUCCGGAAUGGUCAUUGCUGUCAAAAAGCUUAAACCCGAGGGUUUUCAAGGACACAAGGAGUGGUUGACAGAAGUCAAGUAUCUUGGGCAGCUACGCCAUCCUAAUUUGGUCAAACUCAUUGGCUACUGCUCGGAGGGUGAUAGUAGGCUCUUGGUUUACGAGUUCAUGCCUAAAGGAAGCUUGGAGAAUCAUCUUUUUAGACGAGGGCCUCAACCACUUCCAUGGGCAACAAGGCUCAAAGUGGCAAUAGGUGCUGCAAGAGGCCUCGCUUUCCUUCAUGAUGCUAAAGAACAAGUUAUAUAUCGAGAUUUCAAGGCUUCUAAUAUCCUACUUGAUGCGGAAUUCAAUGCAAAGCUAUCCGAUUUUGGUUUAGCCAAGGCAGGUCCAACUGGUGAUAAAACACAUGUAUCAACUCAAGUAAUGGGUACUCAAGGGUAUGCAGCACCAGAAUAUAUUGCUACAGGACGAUUAACAGCAAAAAGUGAUGUAUACAGCUUCGGGGUUGUUCUACUAGAGCUAUUAUCAGGCCGUCGUGCUCUUGAUAAGCAAAAGAUUGGUAUCGAGCAGGAUCUUGUCGAAUGGGCAAAACCAUAUUUAGGAGACAAACGAAAGUUGUUUAGGAUUAUGGACACUAAAUUGGAAGGACAAUACCCUCAAAAGGGUACCUACACUGCUGCCACACUCGCUUCACAGUGCCUUAGCGUAGAACCUAAAGCCAGACCUCGAAUGUCCGAAGUUUUAAUCAGUCUAGAAGAGCUACAAGCCCCAAAAAGUGCUUCAAGAGAUCAUCAUAUCGUGUCUAGCCCGAUCCGAAGAUCACCAAUGAGACAACAACGCCGUUCUCCUAUGAAUCGGUCACCUUUAGCAUCUCCGCUGCCACAUCAUCGCCAGAGUCCACGAGUCAAAUGAUGCAUAAAAACGUAUGUGAUUUCACUUCAGCUCUGUUGUGUGUAUGGAUGUAUGUAUGUGUUUGCCCUUUUCUUUAUAUUCAAAAUCUUGCAUAUGAGGGUACGAUUGAAGAAUUAGUGGUACAGUACAUCUACACAAAACCAUCUUUAUUGUAAACAGAAAAUCAAGGAAUAAGAGUUCUCUUUCGAUCCAAA